AGAAAAACUCACUGAAGAACAGGCGAGUAAACCCUUCUUUUUUGGUGAGCUUUUUUUUUGGCAGUUUUAAAACAGAGUGCAUUACCACCACCAUCUGCUGGACUGAGGUGUAAUGGCAAGUGUACCCUUUAGCCUCACACCAGGAACGUGGCGUGAUCGUCAUGUUGCCUAGCGAUUGUGUGGUGUUUUCUGUGUCUUUGCUUACCAUGAAGCGUGUCUGAUGCGGUGCUGCGGCGGCAUUUCUGCCAAUUAAAACGUCUCACUUCUUUUUCUCACAUCAUUUUUUUUCUUCACUGUUUUGAAUGAAAACGCUUCCAACACGCUUCCGUGUGGCCUGAAAAAUAGGCAUAAGUCCUAUUCCUUGCAUGCGUUUUCUGCGCAGCUCGAGCUGCGCCUGAGACGUGUGUGUCACGCAGGCAGUGUGCAACCUCUAACCUGUUACCAUGGGAGCCGAAAUAAAAACGGACAUGCCACCCAGCUGACACGCUCAUGCCAUGCACCCGGUGUGAAACGGGCCUUAGAAAAUAAUAAGACCACAAUCAUUUUAUACAUUUAGAGAAAUGGUAAAGGGUGGACGAGUAUACCACAAACAAAGCUACACCCACAUGCUUUUCUAAACCACCUAUCGUCACAUAUGAAUAUUCUGAAUAUUCAACAGACAGCAGUUAGAAUCCCCACCCAGAUCUAAGCUCUACCUUUACAAGGCAUUAGAUGGUUUAAAAUAUGAAACCGAGUUCGCCCACACACUGGCACUACUGCAGCUCACAGGAGUGAAGUAACUUACUAAUGACCCAUUUCUACUUCCAGCAUUGUUUUUAAACUUUGGUCAUGGCUGAUCAAGAGGAUGAUGUACGUGCUUUACUGAAUGAUUCUGGUGAACCAGAUUUGAAGCAUGCCAUUUCCAGAGCCAGAGAAGUAGUAGAUAGGUUAGAUAAUGUAGUGCUCAACAUUGCUGUAACAGGAGUAACUGGAGCCGGAAAGUCCACCUUUGUGAAUGCCAUCAGGGAUGUCAGUAAUACUGAAGAAGGAGCUGCUACAAUUGGGGAGACAGAGACCACUAUGGAGAUCAAAGCAUACCCCCAUCCCACCAUGCCCAAUGUGAAGAUCUGGGACCUGCCAGGACUAGGGACCAAAAACUUCAAAGCAAACCUAAAAGAUGUCAAGUUCCAAAACUAUGACUUCUUUAUUAUAGUUAGUGAAAAAAGAUUCAAGGAGUAUGGCGUUAUACUGGCAAAGGAAAUUCAGAAAAAUAAUAACAAUUUCUACUUUAUUCGUUCAAUGAUUGACCAAGAUGUAGCCAGUGCUGAAAGGAGAGGGGUGACAGAGAAUGCCACGCUCCAAAAAAUAAAAAAUGAUUGUCAGGAAAAUCUCAUGGAACUGGGUUCUCCUCCUGUCUUCUUGAUCUCAUCCCAUUACCUGGAGAAAUUUGAUUUCUCAAAACUCCAAAAUGCUCUGGAGAGAGAUCUUCCAGAUCGCAAGAGAGAUGCUCUUGUUAGGAGUUUGCCGGUUUAUUCCAGGCAGUGUCUUGAAAAGAAAUACAACACAUUUCAGAAAGCAGUCUGGGCUUUGGCUGUUGUAUCCGGUGGCAUAGCAGCAGCCCCAGUGCCAGGUCUGUCAGUUGCAUGUGAUGUUGCCAUGGUAGCAACUUUCUUCACCACAUGCUACCAUUCAUUUGUUCUAGAUGAUAAAUCCCUCACAAAGGUGGGAAAUAGAGUAGACAAACCAAUACUUGAAAUUGUUAAAGAGUCGGCAAUUGUCAGGGCAAUUGCUAGUAAAACAUUUCUUUCAUCAAAAUUGGCAGCCAGACUUGGGGCUGCGGGUGUAAUUGAGUCAGUGUGCAGCCUUAUUCCUGUAGCUGGAAGCAUAGCAGCAGCUGGAGUGUCUUUCGCUACCACACGGUCUGUGCUCGAAGAGAGGUUGAAAGAACUGUAUAGAGUUGCACUAAAAGUGAUUAAAAUGGCAAACCUCAACUAGACUGAGGUAUCCCUGAGGUGCCCUGUAUAGGGGGCUCAAUGAAUUGCAUAAUGUGGCAUAAAAUUGAAGGACUUCAGUAAUAAUCUCAUGUUAUUUAGCCAAUGCAAGUGGCCAGGUUACUAUCAUCUACAAUGUUUCUUUUAACACAUGUAAGUACAGUAUUUCUAUGAUAGAUUUACCAAAAUAGGGAUUUUGUUUGUUUAUUCAGGGAAUAGCUGUUUGACAGUGCUUCUGGGAGGGUUUAUUUUGAUGUAUGUUUUUAAGGUAUUUUGUGUAUCAUGAAUUACUUCUGCUGUGUGAGAAAUAUCCCUUUGCUGAAUGGACUAGAGCAACAUGAUCUUUGAUUUUCAACACACUGUUGUGAAAAGUAUAAGGGAAUUGUUAAUGGACUUAUGCAUCCUAAACAAUAAAACUGUGUUCUGUGUAAAAUGUAUGUUGUUGGAUUCUCGAUAAACUAUUCUUUCAAAAUA